AUGGACUCCCUCACCGAGCGCAUUCAGGCCUUGCCUGCAGAAAUCUUCGACGAGAGUAAAGCGCUCACCUUCACCGCGGACGCGGAGGAGCUCAUAGAGAUCACGCCAGGUUUGACGCAUUUCGCUGAACUUCAAGUGGCGUCUCAGCACGUUCUUCAGGCUACAUGUCGCCAGCACAGCUCCAAGUCAACCACGCCACCACAGAGUCCUUCGCCAACGAGUACUACACCUCCGUUCCAUUCCUCAUCACGAAAGAGAAUGAGACGUUCGGCAUCAAGUAA